GGAUGAGCUCGAGUUUUGCCCCACCCACCCGCCUCCAUAAGUGCCUCUCUCUCUUUGCCCUCACUCAGGUUUUUUGGUUUCAGAAACUCGAACUUCCAUUAAUUUCCCUCUCAAAGUUGCUUCCCAAAUAUCAUAUCAUAUUCAGGGUCUUCAUCAAAGUGAGCUCUUUGCGAGGUGUUUUGGUAUUCUGAAAUUUGAGGGUUCGGAAUUAAUCAAAUUGGGUGAAAUGGGUAUCUGGUUCUUUUAGGUUUCUGGCUGUUGAACAUAGCAAAUUGUUUCGAUAAGAUCCGUAUCUUUGUGGUAGUGAAUUUCGGCUAUGGAUAAAAAUAAUUUUACGGAUGGGUUUUGCAAAACCCGUCCUGUACUGGGCGAUUUGACCAACCGGCCCGUGAAAAGAGGGUUUUCUAUAGUCUUCGGCGAUUCAGGGCUUGAAUCUAAAGAUGGGUAUGGCAAGAAUGUGGAUGUUCAAGAUGGGGAUUCGCAAUUCACGAAGCAAGUGUGUUUAGGGGUUGAGAAUUUAGUGAGAGACAAAUGCCGGACCAAAUUUGGAGAAGAUAAAAGUGAAAAAGGCUUCAAUUUCUCAAAGGAGACGCACGCUUAUGGAUCCUCAUCCACUUCCAGCGACGCUGAUACCUCGGAGGAUCAGAAUGUUGAGCGUUUUAUGUCGAACGCACCCAAAGGAAUUAAGAAGAAGUCUAAUCUGGUGGAUGGCUGUGCACAUCAGAGUGUGAUGGACGUUGGUGAUGCAUCAAGAGAUAGUUGUUUAUCUAGCGGUUCAAUGCCCACAUGCUCAGGACCGUGUAAGAAAGAUGGUUAUGGUGCAGGAGAAAAUUAUCAAGAUUAUGAAGAAAGAAAUACGUCUGAUGUUACUCAAGGCAAUCUGGUACGAGAAGGAUUAGCUACUCUUGUUUGCAAGAAUAAUGAGGAUUGUGUUGCUGUUGGUGAAUUGGCUGCUUCUAAAUAUGGUUCUAUAGAGUGGUCAAGGUUGCCUAAGUCACAAAGUUCAAAAUUUCAUGAAUUGGGAAGAUGCACAGCACUCAAGGGUGAGGUCUAUGGCAAUUUGAAUGCGGGUGAUGACUUACUUAAAUCUUGCUCCUGUUCCUUUUGCUUGAAAGCUGCUUACAUUUGGUCGGACCUCCAAUACCAGGAUAUCAAGGGUCGCAUUGCUUCGUUGAAGAAGAGUCAAAAGGAAGCUAACACAUUGGUUCAGAAAAGUUACAGAGGAAAGGAGAGUAGCAUUCACAGCCAAGAAAAUGCAAACAAAUCCACAAAACUUGAAGCUGAUCUCACGGGUCAGUGGAGAUCACUCUUUCUUCGCAUGGAGGAUAUACUUGCCAAUGAAAGCGGUCAGCUUCAAGCCAGUUUUGUUGCACUAAAAGAUUUGAGAGAGAGCUGCAAGAUGGAUUUAGGGAUGAUCAAUGAAAUGCCUACAGAGAAGCGUUAAUGUACAUCUAUCUUCUGGUGAUCUUAAGAUUGUCUUGUCACUUGAGUUGAGUAGUUUGUCACAACUGGUAUAUUACUUUGUUGUUGUUGACAAGAUUGCUUGAAGUUUUUACCAACCUUUUUAGAAGCUGUAAUGUGUCUGUGAAAUUUCAUGUAUUAUCAAUGUGUAGGUUUCAUAAAACUGUUCUUUUCUUCCUCCAGUUUCUUUGCGUUAGGUCCUCCUGGUAUCACUAUUUGGUAUUCUCAUUGAUUAAACCAAUGGCUGGUUUGAUAUCACCUUGUUGGUUCCAAGGGCUUUAUUUUCUCCCUCACAAAAUAGAGUUUGUUUGCCGGUGCCAUUGAUCUGUGCUGUUUGAUUUUACAGCCUUACAUUUUAUUGGUUGUAACGAGUUACUAAUUCGUUUCUUACUUAUGCUGAUAUAAUGUGGUUCCAGUUAAUGGUUAACAUGAUUCAUUAGUGGGACUAAACCUAUU